AUGACGCCCCUAAACCUGAUCUCCUUCCUGCUCAGCCUCUACCUCAUCGAAGACCACUACCAAGCGCAACGCUCCCAGGGCCACACGAUAUCCUCUCCCUCCUCCCGCUCCCGCUCCUCCUCCUCCGCGUCCAGCAACGGCAAGUCCGCAUUCGAGCUGAGAUACCCCUCCUGGCUGCACCGCCUGCUCUUCCGCCCGCAGCCCUACGAAUGGGUCGAAAACCAGCGGAAGCCGGCGCCGCCGAACCGCGACGAUGAGCGCUGGUACUACCACGUUUAUAAGCGCAAGGUCAUGCGCAUGGAGGCCACGGACGCGUUUGAGCUAAGGAAUACGGUGUUGUUGGGUUUGUGUUUGUUGGCGGUUGGUGGGGUUUGGGCGCUUUGGGGUGUUGGGAGGGGGGUUUGGGGUUGUGUGAGGGCUGGGCUGUGA